CAUACAAUUGGGGCGUAUAUAAGCCCUGUCACUGACACUGGCUGCCACGCAUUCACCCACUCCUCUCUCCUUUCUCCUUCACACACACAUCUUUGAACAAUGGGUUUCUUCCACCACGAAGAGUCUGACCAGGCCCAGGCCUACAACGAGGUCGUGAACGCCCCCCACAAGGCCACCCUGUCCCACGAGCUGAUCGCCGGCGCUGCUGCAUUCGAGGCUGCCAAGGCCUACGAGAAGCACUGCGCUGAGAACGGCAAGCCCGACAGCCACGCUCAGGCCAAAGAGAUCCUUGCUGGCCUCACUGGCCUCUUUGUCGACCGCAUCGUCGAGACCAAGGGUCUUGACUACGUCGACAAGGAGAAGGCGAAGCACCAGGCGAAGAAGCAGCUGGAGGAGCCCCUGCAGAGCGAGUGGUAGAAUGUUGAAUAUCGAAAAGCUUUUGUACCUGAAACGUCGUGAUCGCAGCAGCGGAUUAGGGGAGAGUCUGUGAUGAGAAUAGUUGAUCCGAUCAUUUGUGGAUUACUCACACGUGCGAACCCAUGUGGUUCAUUUGAGAACGUCUCAUUUCGCCGAAAUCAGAGCAAUGAAGCAGUCAUGGCACGCAUUGGAUGAACCCACCAUGAGAUGAACGCAACAGGAGAAAAGCGUGCAAUGUCACUUUGGCGUACAUCGAGUGAAGGCAGGUCUGACCGUCCAGAAUAUGCAUAUGGCGAGACUCUCUGCUUGAGGAGGGAUUGAGCCCCCGGCGGGUGGAGAUUAUUCAGAUGUAAACGGCCCGGGUUAGCAGUACCCCAUUCAAGCGCGGCAGUCCUGCGACCGGAGGCACACUCCACAAGUACCCACGGCGAAGUCAAACAUCAGCAUUCCGAACGGGUGAAGUUGGAUUUCUGGAUCCUGGUCCACAAUCGUACAAAGGAGAUCCCGGGUGGCUUUAUUAUUGUGAACCAGUGCCGCGAGGCUAUCCAUCGUCGGCUUGAGUUGAUGUUGAAUGUUCAACCGCUGUUUGAUCCACUCGAGUACAGGGCUUCUUCCAAGUUCCCUCAAGUUGUCAGAUAGACCUCGGAGAGAGGUUCUCUAUUAUUUUUACAGACCCUUCUCUCGGAAUAUGAGUGGGCAUAAAUGAUGCCAAGAAUCAAGACAGUUGUAGGCCUGAUGUUGGUAGUGGCUUGGGAGACCACAGACUCGGGCUAUGCCGGCGUCACCGCUCUGACAACACAAGCCAUCGGGACUCGACCAAGCGGACCACAACAAAUUAUAUCCUCACCCGUUCAGCUUCCACCCCAACAGCAAUCUGCUGCUUCCGGCCCUUUCAACCCAUGAUUUCCACUGUCACUGCUCCCGCUGACACCUCGCAGCGGCAUCGAUCCGGCCAGUCCUCCGGGCUGAAUUUACAGGCGGAUGCUGUCCUCCUCUGUCUUGCACUCAAAUUAACUCCUUUGCGGCCUGAAUUCAUGCACGCCGUGGAACAGGUCUUACGCUGUCAGAAUAUGUCCGCUCAAGAAUUUCGCAAGCAUGGUUCCAAGAUAACUCGACUGAUUGAGACUGCGCGCGAAACCUUGGAAGCGGCGGGAAUAUGUCUAUAUUCAUUUGCCUCUCCCUCGCCGCUACGAGACGCAUAUUUCUCCCUGCUCCGGAUGCUGGAAACACGCCGAGGCGAUCUGGAUCCUUCUCUUCAAGCAAGAGCAACAGCCCUGCUGUACCGCUUGUCGAGUAAUUUCCUCGUUCAAGCUCCAUCUGCGCAAUUUUGCAAUUCUCUCGGGACCCGGAAACAAAUCGAUCACCGCCUCACGCCCUCAGCGCCCAACUCAACACCGCCCAUCGCCAAUUCGGACACCCGCAUGCCACCGCCGGACGCCUUCCCGCCCGUUGUCGAGCCGCCGAUCUGGCGCCGGAAACGCCGCGCACGCGCACAUCCAUCGCCCGCCAAAUGCUGCUCGCGACAGCCCAUUUCGGAGCCAGCGCGUCCGAGUCGCCGUCGGCGCAUGAACUUGAACCCGAAUGCGCGAUCCGGCGCUCGGGCGCGCAGAAGUGGGGGUCUCUCCGCCAAGGACACGGCGAACGAAGAUUCGGAGAAUCUCAACAUGACUGGUCCGAGAGCCGCGCUGGCUCGGGGAAAUUCGUACUCUGCCAUGGGCGACGCUGGAGAUCAUGACGACGAAGCAGCAGGGAUGGCGUACCAUUACAGGAACCCGCCACUGUCCAGGCGGUUUGGAAUCUUUUGUACUGGGAAUAGCUUUGGCCGUUGAUUUGGAUGACUAUCAAUUCAUUUGCCAUUGAAAUGGCGGAUAUCCAUAAACCCCU